ACCACUUACACUGAAAGGGAUCAAGUUCUCGUGUGACUGUGAAUCAAACUGUACUGCUGUAAUUCUGACAACGUUGUCAAUGCCACUGUCAAGUCAGACCUGUAGCCAAGAUGAGCAGGAUUUGUGAUGCUCUAAUGUGACACAUUCAGAAUGGCUCUAAGAAGGCCUGGGACUUUAUGAGGACACAUGACAGUGUGUCAAUCCUGAUCUUUAACACUUCUCGGCAGUGCUUUGUUGUGGUGAAGCAGUUCCGCCCAGCUGUUUACAUGUGUGAAGUAGAAAGGCACUGUCCUCGAGUCUUCCAGAAUCAGGACAGGGAGAAUCUGGGACAUCUAGAGGAUCCUUUACCUGCUGUGGCUGGAGUGACAUAUGAGCUCUGUGCUGGCAUUGUGGACAAACCAGGCCUUUCCAUAGAAGAAACAGCAUGUGAGGAAAUCUCGGAGGAGUGUGGCUACAAUGUUCCGGCUGCAGACCUAAGGAAGAUCACCUCUUACAGGUCUGGAGUUGGUCUGACAGGUUCUAGACACACCUUAUUUUAUGCAGAAGUAACGGACCAGAUGAAAACUGGAGAAGGUGGUGGCCAGCCUGAAGAAGGAGAGCUGAUAGAAGUUGUGGAAAUACCUUUAGAAGAGUCCAUGAAGUUUGCUUUUGAUGAGAGUAUCCCAAAGACACCAGGUGUCAUUUUGGGUGUUAUGUGGUUCCAAAACAACAUAGCACCCAAUCUACCAAAAAAAUAAAGCACCAAAGAUUUUGUGGAAAGCUUUCCCAUUAUUUCUAUAAGCAUGGAAAGCUGCAAGUCUGCCUGCCUUCAUUGACUCAUAUUAUCACAAAGCAAAACUUUCAAAAUAAACUUUGAAGCAAAAUUAGAAGAAAACUCCUGAAUGUGAAUGUGUGCAGCAUUAGAAGCUCCCCCUUUUCGUGGCACUGCUCUCACUGUUCUGCAGAUCYCCUCAGAGCCUCAGUGCAGCUGCUCCACAGGCCUGUCACCAUGGUCUAUAGGUGCUGAUAGCUGCUUGUUCACAUACCUGUUUUUUGGGGAAGGGAGGUCGAUUGUUUUUGUUUUGGGGUUCUUCCUCUACAGUCUGCCAGCAGACCUUAGUAGUCAAAUAUAAGUGAAGAUAUACGUAGGUGAAUUCUGCACAGCUUUCAAGGAGGAGCUUUCUCUAUGAUGCCUAGYUUCUGUAAAGAAAAUACUGCGUAUCUGCACACGAAGACCUUCAGUUCACAAGCAGGUAGAAACACAUUUGUAGGCUGUUCUGCUAAUGUGUCAUUCUGACAGUGGACCAGUUCUAACUCUAUGUAUUAAUGUAUAUGUAUUAGAGUGUAUUCCAACUGCAGGGCUGAGCAGCAGUGAUGGAAAUACAGGGAUGAAUCAUGGGGGUUACCACUGGAACAAAUCUCUCUGUUUUAUGGAUAGUCUUUGAUUAACUGGAUCAAACUUUGUUCUGUAGAGCAGGACUUGAGAGGCCAAAAUUCUUUCCAUUUGAUUGUGAGAUGACUAGCACUAUUCCUUUCUUUGAGACGUGCAUCUUAGUUUCUUUAUUGCUAAAAUGAUAAGAAUAGGGCUUACUCCUCAGGUAAAGCAUUUAGAAAUCUAAUGAUCAUAAGUGCUUUAUUGAGAGAUUUUAUUAUCAUUUGUGCAGUUUAUAUUGAAGCUUGUACAACCUGCACAGAUGUACUGGGCAACACARUUUGAUUCAAUAAGCAUUCUAGUUAGAAUGUAUAUUAUAUAUUCUAUCAGCAUAGUUYAGAUGUAGGAUGUCAUUUGAAACUGUUACUAGCACGAAUGAGACAGAAUUAAGUCUGGCAAUUUAAUCUUGCGCUUGUUCAUGUUAUUCACGCAGUUAAUACUAAUGAAUGUGAUGACAUUAUUUAUGUUUGUAGGGCUAGUGAGGCUGUGUAUUUUCAGGAGAUGAGUACUGAGAAUGUAUAACCUUUCACAUAGUCUCUGGAAUAACUUGAGUACAGAUCAGCUGGAAGUAAUUAUACCCGGUAGCUGGUUUGAAACUGCUGCAGUUUGAAAUAGAUGUUAAAAUAAAAACAAAAAGCCUUUAAAAGUGAUACUUGCUGCUAUCCUCCUGAAAGUUAGGGAGAACAGCUCACUGGAAAGUCAUUGGAGAAAGAACAGUCCCAAUCCAUGGGAGUCAGACACCUUUUAUGAAAGUCUAGACAUUUACAUUGAACUGUGCAUGGGCUGUGGAUGAGUCAAGCGCUGAGUUAUCAUGAAAAGUAAAUUAAUUUUGUCUGUCUCGUGUAUUUACAUUGGAAGGUAUUUUAAGGUUGGGUCUCCGUUUCUCUGCAUCUUUACA